GAGGAACGCGCAUAUUCGAAAUCGAAACAAACGAAUAUAGGGCUUCUGAAGAAAACACAAACAGUUGGGAGUGAGAGAUAAAAACCUGAAAUUGAAAUUCUAAUUCUAGUACGAGAUAGACAUAACGCGCAAAGAAGAUCAUGAAAAUGUCACGCAGCACCGUGCCCGAGUCAUGUUUUUACUCGGCCGGGCGUCGGUUUUCGCUUUUGGGUAGUUCACGCUUCUUCGCGCUUUUACCGGUGAUAAUUUGUUCGGCGGGAGCUGUACCAGCUGCCAGAGGUUCUUUUAAUGGGGGCGCGGAAAGAACAAGUAGAGCCUCCUUCUCCCCCCUCGUCGGGAACCACUACUACAACUCAAAGAGCACCACGGAAUUACAACAAACAAAACACGACCAGCACAUUACGCCAGCUCCUUCGGGAAAGAAAGCUACUUCCGAUAAAAAACGGCAGGACAAGUCAACAUUGUCUCUGAAAAUCAAUCUGAAUUCGAAAAAAAGCGCACCGGGGGACGAUGACGGGCCGCGGGAGAAUGAAAUCGAAACUACCCAGGAAGACGACAAAAUAAAGAGCCAGGAGCUGUUGGCGCACCACAAGAAGGAACAGCUUGAUGAGACUCGUGUGAAGACCACUUCUCAGGACGAGGCCGCGGAGCAACAUGACCUCGAAAUGGAGCAUGAAGAGGAGGACGAAGAGGAGGAGGAUGAGGAUCAUCAUCACCAUCAUCACCAUCACCAUGGUCAUAUUCAGUGCAAAAAUAUCUUCGUGCUAGAGGAGCUAGUCCUGAUUGCAUUUCUACGGCUGUGUGACAAGUUUGCCAUCGUCCGUUGGAGAUGUUGUUUCACAUCGUGGGAAAAUUUUGUAUGUCGCUUAGGAUUCUGAAAUACCAGCUCGAUACUUUUGUACAAAUGCAUAGGUCAUCACCACCAUCGUCACCCUCACCACCACCAUCAUCAUCACCAUCAUCACCACCACCACCACCAUCACAACGACGAUGAUGAGCUGUCCCAAGGAACUUAUCAAAUGCAAAAAUAUCUGGCUCUGGGUCUGGAAACUUGUAAUGCUAGUUUGUGCAUGGUGGGCGCACUGCGAUACGCAGCCACGCAUGACAAGUUUCUGAGCUCCUAUGUGUUUCGCUUCCCGCAUGACAAACUGCGUUUUUGCGUGAGAGGUAAGAGGCUGCUGCCCUGCGCAUAUAUGACAGAUUCCAGAACCAGAGUCAUGCGAGACAAGCAUGACAAACUACUUGCAUUCUUCCAGACCCAGACAUUUUUACAUUCGAUAGAGCUCCUGAAGAAACAACAACCACUUCUUUCAAAGUCACCCAAAUAGAUCCUUCGAAAAAGACUGGCGUAGAAGUUCUUGAGCAGGAUGAAAAAUCUUCAUCUACAACUUCCGCCGCUACAACGUCCUCUGCUUCUUUCCAAGUCAUGUUGAAUGCGAGAAAAGGCACGGGAUCGUCUGGAAGUAGGAUAGCUUCCACCUCUGAGAGCGGUCACUCGUCGGUGAAAGAGGUGCACAAACACGCGGAGGAGGAGGAUCAGGAAUUGGCGCAGCACAAGUUCCUCUCUGGUUCUACAAAAACGAAAUCAACUUCUACUUCUACCGCUUUCAAGAUGACGUUGAGCAAUUCCAAAAAAGAAGCCCAGCAGAAGGAACAAGCCGGUCUUGCUACGAAACAAGGGUCUUCCACUACUUCUUUCAAAAUGACGCUGAACAAUGCGAAAAAACACACAACGUCACAGGACCUGCACCUCCGUCGUGAAAAGCAAGGUACUGGCGCUGGCGGCGACGCGCUGCCGCAGUGCGGCGGCACCGUGACCCUGUCCAUUCAAAAUGACAUCAUGUGGAUCUGCGACAAAAUGACGGAUAUGCGAAUGCAAAUAUGUUUUUUAUCUGCUAUUUUUGCGUCUGGAAAAUUAAAGUUUGUCUUGCCAUGCACUCCUUGCUCGCAACAUAGGUGUUGACGGCAGACAGAAGCUUGUUCGCAUGGCAAACACGUGCACCUGCAUUAUAAUUGUGGCCGAACGAAUGACAGAGUUGUCAACAUGCCUGCUCCCGAGCGUCCUUCCAAACUAAUUCACGGUGGUAAUAUUGAAAUAUUUGCAAUGCAUAACAAUGCGCCAAGGGGUUGCCUCCGGCGGAUUUUUGCACUACAAACUCGGGAAU